AUGAAUAACGACGAUGAUAACAGCAACAAUAAUGACAAAGAUAACACCGAUAACGAUAACGACAAUGAUGGUAACGAUAACGACAAUGAUGUUGGUAAAGAUGACGACAAUGACGAUGGUGACAAUAACGACAAUGACCGUGGUAAAGACGAGGACAAUGACGAUGGUAACGAUGACGACUGUGACAAUGGUAACGAUGACGACAAUGAUGAUGGUAACGAUGACGACAAUGACGAUGGUAACGAUGACGACAACGACGAUGGUAAGGAUGACGACAAUGACGAUGGUAACGAGGGCGACAAUGACCAUGGUAACGAGGGAGACAAUAACGAUGGUAACGAUGACGAAAAUGACGAUGGUAACGAUAACGACAAUGACGAUGGUAACGAUGACGACAAUGACCAUGGUAACGAGGGCGACAAUGACCAUGGUAACGAGGACGACAAUGACGAUGGUAACGAUGACGAAAAUGAAUAUGGUAACGAUGACGACAAUAACUAUGGUAACGAUAACGACCAUGACGAUGGUAACGACGACGACCAUGACGAUGAUAACGAUAACGACAAUAACAAUGGUAACGAUGACGACGAUGACGAUGAAACGAUAACAACACUGACGAUGGUAACGACAACGACAAUGAUGAUGGUAACAAUAGCGACAAUGACGAUGGUAACGAUGACGACAAUGAUACGAGGACAAUGA